UGAAGUUGUUAUCAGCCGGCUCAAUUGUGAACUGUGUGUGAAAAUUUAUUUGCAUAUAAACACAGUCACUUUAGCAAUCUUUAGUGCGAUUUUUAUAAUUUUUAAUAAUUGUUUGAACAGAAUUUCUAAUAGAAUUAAUAUGGCUUUGCGUUGGGGUAUCGCUUCUGCUGGUAAAAUCAGCCAUGAUUUCGCCGUUGCCAUAAGUACUUUACCGGGAAGUGAUCACAAGAUAGUAGCCGUGGCUGCUCGUCAAAAGGAUCGUGCUGAGGAAUUCGCCAAGAAACAUGAAAUACCAAAUGCUUUUGGUAGCUAUAAAGAGAUGGCUGGAUUUGCUGACGUGGAUGUGAUCUACGUUGGCUCCUUGAACCCACAGCACUUGGAAAUCGCUGCACUGUACCUCGAACAUGGCAAGCAUGUGUUGUGCGAAAAGCCGCUCUGCAUGAACUACAAGCAAUCCAAGCAGCUCAUAGAUCUCGCCGAAAGCAAAAACCUUUUCCUAAUGGAAGGGAUCUGGUCACGCUUCUUCCCUGCCUAUCAAUAUCUGCGUCAACAAAUCAAAAACGGUGUACUGGGUGAAAUCAAAGAGGUUAAUGUUGCAUUUGGUUUCGACUUAAGCCACGUCGAUCGUUUGACCAAAAAAGAUUUGGGAGGCGGUGUUGUGCUAGAUUUGGGUGUCUACGCUAUACAAGCAUCGCAAUGGGGCUUCCAAGACACGCCACUAAAGGUCAUAGCAAAGGGCGAACUCAAUGAAGACGGUGUGGAUAAGUACGUGGAAGCCGAGUUGCAGUAUUCCGGUGGACGCGUCGGCAAGUUAGUUUUCGGCGCUAAAGAAGAAUUGGCGAAUAAGGCGGUCUUCAAGGGCACGAAAGGCGAAAUCACGAUACCAUUGUUCUGGUGUCCCAUCAGUCUCAUCGAUGUUGAUGGACAGGUGAAGGAAUGGCCCUUGCCAAAGGGAAGGUACGCUACUAACUACGCGAGGUCAGAGGGUUUCCGCUACGAAGCUGAGGCAGUACGUCAAAGCAUACUGAAAGGUGAAAUCGAAAACGAAAACGUCACCCACAGUGAAAGUCUAAUUAUUGCUAAAGUGCAAGAUGAUAUUAGAAAACAAAUCGGUGUAGUCUUUCCAGAAGAUAACUAGCAAAGUAAAUGAAUUUGUUCGUAUAUAAAGUGUCCCUUUAUUAGUUACAAACUGCAUAUCCUUCUAUAAAAUACACAGGUAUAUGCAAAGGGGAUGAGAUAACCUUAA